AUGCCAGCUGAGCCUGACGCUGUGACUGACUUGGACGAAGCAGCUUGUGCCGACCCCGACACUCAAGCCGAUGUGGAUUUUAUGAUACUUGACUACCUAACGUGCAUAGCCGUUAGCUCGAUAUUUAGCAAAAAUGACCUGGAAAAGUUAGACUGGACAGUGGAUAUAGUGAGAGGUAGACACCCACACAUCCCUCCACUGCUACACUGGGCUUACAAAAUAGCUUUUCACAAAAAUUCCACGGCCACGCUUGAAAUUCCUCUACCUCAGGACAUAGAAAUUAAGCUGCAAACGUUGGAGGUGGCUUAUGAGCUCUUCAACCAUGACACCUCACCAGAAACUUGCUCUCACAGGAGUCAUAUACAGUUGUCGAAGAUCGGUAUUGAUUUCAUGGAUCUUUGCACCGCUGCAGCAUCCAUUGUCUCUGAAACGAGUUGGUUGGACAUCUGCGCUCGAUUCCAAGUACAGGCUCUCCUGGAAGAAAUUAAAUCUGGACAUGAUCUCUCAGAGGAUACUUGCAAGCUGCUUGCAUGGGCACCAGCCGACCCAGAUCUCAACUCAAAAUGGUUACACAUUCGUCAGAGAUACUCAAGCCAGCUUCCACGGCCCGGGGAAGUGUCAACUGGCCAUAAAAUGGCCUCGGAAUCUCCCAUCGAUGAGUUCAAGGCCAUUGUGACAAAUUUUCUUAUAAAUCUCAUGACAAAGCUUGAUGCUCCCGUCCUUAUACAGCUUGAGCGUGGAAAACUAUUCGAUCUCAGCCGCGAAGAAACCCGUGCGCUCAAAGAGCGAGUUGGUUUGCGCUGA